UUUGAUGGUGCGCAUGCGUAGAUCUGUAGUCGAAUGCAGCAGUAGUGGAGACAGGGAAUAUGUAACCGGUAUUUUUUUUUGACCGACCUCUCCGUUGUGAUCUUCGUUGUAAAUCACAGGCUACCUGAGCAUUUCUCCAUCCUCGAUCUGUGUGCGCUAUGAACCGUGUAUGUGGAUAUCUUGCUCAGUGUUUUAUAGCCUUAUACGUACCGGCCUAGUUGAGUCGUAACGAAACGACAAUAGACCUGAAGUCCCUUUUAUUUGUGAUGAUCGUUUCUACUUGUUGUCUAUGGACCGGAUCCACCGUACAAUGAUAGGCACGGAGGAAAUGUCCCGGUGGAAAAUGGGCCUGUAACGAACCGAUAUUUCUAACAUUCUCCUAUAAGGAGAAAGACAGAGAAAACGGAAAGAUGAAGAUCUGGAGUACAGAACAUGUUUUCAGCUACCCGUGGGAGACGGUGAUAAAGGCAGCGAUGAGGAAGUACCCUAACCCCAUGAACCCUAAUGUGGUGGGAGUGGAUGUGUUGGACAGGAACCUGGAUACCGACGGACGGCUCCACAGCCACAGACUCCUCAGCACCGAGUGGGGCCUGCCAGGCAUCGUACGAGCGAUCUUGGGGACCAGUCAUACCCGGACGUACGUCAAGGAGCAUUCCAUCGUGGAUCCCGAGGAGAAAAAGAUGGAGCUUUAUUCAACUAAUAUAACUCUAACCAAUCUGGUGUCAGUGGAUGAAAGACUGGUUUACAGACCUCAUCCAGACAACCCAGAGGUUACUGUUCUGACCCAGGAGGCCAUCAUCACAGUAAAAGGAGUCAGUUUGAGCAGUUACCUGGAAGGAAUGAUGGCCCUCAGAAUGUCAGCUAAUGCCAGAAAGGGUUGGGAUGCUAUUGAGUGGAUCAUCCAGAACUCUGAAAGGGAGAACGUUCCUCUGUGUGAGCUGUACUGACUCUGGUAACUACUCUUCCCUGGCCGAGCUCAGCAGCACCUGACUGGAAGGACCAAUCAGAGGACUGUGUCGAUGACAUGAUCAGGGACUAUAUCAUCCUACACCAAGCAGCCCAGCCAAACCUCCCACAUGGCAACCAGCCCAGACAAACCUCCCACAUGGCAGCCAGCCCAGACAAACCUCCCACAUGGCAACCAGCCCAGCCAAACCUCCCACAUGGCAACCAGCCCAGCCAAAUCUCCCACAUGGCAACCAGCCCAGACAAACCUCCCACAUGGCAACCAGCCCAGCCAAACCUCCCACAUGGCAACCAGCCCAGACAAACCUCCCACAUGGCAACCAGCCCAGACAAAGGCUUCAUAGAGGGCAUCACAACCCUCCCUGGUGACCAGGCUUCAUAGAGGGCAUCACAACCCUCCCUGGUGACCAGGCUUCAUAGAGGGCAUCACAACCCUCCUCCCAACCCUCCCUGGUGACCAGGCUUCAUAGAGGGCAUCAAAACCCUCCCUGGUGACCAGGCUUCAUAGAGGGCAUCACAACCCUCCCUGGUGACCAGGCUUCAUAGAGGGCAUCACAACCCUCCCUGGUGACCAGGCUUCAUAGAGGGCAUCACAACCCUCCCUGGUGACCAGGCUUCAUAGAGGGCAUCACAACCCUCCCUGGUGCCCAUAAAGAAUGUUGCUGUCUGUCAAGUUGACGAUCAAUAGAAACACAAGGGUUAUUAAUAUAUCAUCAGAAAGACUGCGAUCACUGAUCCUUCCACAGAAAGAUUUCCCUACUGAGGGAUUGAGGCCAACGUUAAUGUCCAGGAGGAUAUUGAUUGGAUACAAAGGUCUAUGAUAGAUGUAGGUUGCGUGCCAUUUAGGAUGCUAUUCAGGAUGACAUUUGUAAUUCAUAUGUAGUGUGAAUUACAUAUAAAAGCUACAAAACGUCAUUCUCCAUAUGAAAUGCGGAUGGUAUUUGCUAUGGAAAUGAUCUGCUGCUAUACACUGUAUGAAGUAUGCAUUCAGCAUUCUCUUAAGAGUGGUUCUCCAGGAAUCUAUCACAGCAUUCUCUUAUGAGAGGUUCUCCAGGAAUCUGUCACAGCAUUCUCUUACGGAAGGUUCUUCCAGGGAAUCUAUCACAACAUUCUCUUACGGAAGGUUCUUCCAGGGAAUCUGUCACAGCAUUCUCUUACGGAAGGUUCUUCCAGGGAAU